AUGGCGGUCAAUGUUGCCAAAUUCUUACGCAAAAACUCAUUACUAAAGCAACGUAAAGGUCUUUUACAAGGAAACCUAGUUGACUUUUUCAGAUUCAAAAGGGCCUCUCGUGCUUUACUUUCGGAAGAUUACAAAAAGAAGCAAGAAAAUCCAAAGAAUAAUUUACCACCAGUUAGAAAUGAAACCGAUGCUAAAGGUGUUUUCGCGAUGUUGAUCAGAAACCAAUUGGUUCAUCCUGGUGAAAAAUUGUCUUCAGCAAAGGCUAAAGAGAACCAAUUGGUUCCAAAGAAAGGUACACCAUGGUUCCUCCCAUUACAAAAAGCAGAACUCACACCAGAUGAAUACUACAUUUGGUUUUACAACGAAAAGAGUCCUUGGGAUAUUGUCUUAGGUUUCGGUGUUAUUGCUGCUGUCUUCACAUUGAUCUUAUUCCCAUUGUGGCCUGCAUUUAUGAGAAAGGGUGUCUGGUAUUUAUCAAUGGCUAUGUUAGGUUUGAUUGCAUUAUUCUUCGUGAUAGCAAUUAUCAGACUAAUCAUUUUUGUCAUCACUUAUGUCAUUUUGAGUCCAGGUUUAUGGAUCUUCCCUAACUUGUUUGAAGACUGUGGGUUCAUUGACAGUUUCAAACCAUUUUAUGCUUGGAAUUAUCCAAAGGAGAAAAAAUCAAAAAAAUCAAAAAAGAAGGCUGCUGCUCAAUCACCAUUAGAACAAAUUCCAGAAAAGAAAACUUCAACUCCAGCCUCUACAUCAUCUUCAAAACCUAACCAAUCAACCAAUGUCAAACGUAAAGCUACAUUGGAAGAAGUUGAUGAAUAA